CACGGCACACAGAGAGAGGAGAGAGAGACUCGUCGGUACGCGAGGCGGAGUGUGUGGUGAGAGGUGGUGAGGCGGCUCAAACAGCGGCCCCGCUCGAUCAAAUAACCGACCGCGCGCGCGACCGACGAGCUGCCGUCACCGUAUAGUGGUUGGUGUUGUUUCGCGCACUCGUCCACGUCGUACAACACGCGAGCGAGAGCCUGGGCCCUCUUUCCCUGUCGUCGGCCUUUGCGUUCGCCGUGCCCUCCAUGGUGUUGGGGUAACAAUUACCCCCUAUCUCUUCCCGCGGGGGGUACUCACUUUCGCGCUCGCGACUCUUCUCAUCCGCUUCGCGCGUCGAAUGCGCAUCUUCCCGCGAAUAAACGGACUGUGCAUUGUGUUUUCGGGAAGAAGAGGAACAAGAGGUGAACACAAAGUUCACCAGUUGCCCUUCGUUCUCGUCGCUCCGUUGACGCAGUGCGGCGCCCUUCGGAGAUCCGGUAAGGAUACGCUCGUAACUUUGCCUUCUCGCGCGGAAAAAGAAUAGCGUUCUCGGUUCUGCUCCGCGGUUGUGACGAGAGUUCCAUCGACACAGUGCCGUUCAGUGCAUCACUGCUCCGGGAAAGAAUAUUUGGUGAAGUUCUUCUUUCUGGUAAAUUUCUUCUUUCUUUAAGUGCGAGACGAUUCCUCCAGGCGAUCGCCGCGCAUCUUCUCGUGAGUCUUCUGUGCGUACGAGGAUCCUCUCUUGUGACUUGUGUGACUCGGCAGCUAUACUCUAGAAGACUAAUUAGAGAAUUCGUAGCCCUUGAUUAUAGUGAGCUGAACGGCGCGGACCGACUUCAGUUUUAUCCGGUGAGAAAGAUUAAGGGAAGAUUAAGGGAAUACCCGACUGCCAGCAGCCGUGGUACCGCGGAUUUCAUGAUUCCCGUUUGACAGCGACGACGCGACAGCAGGCCACCCCGGCACCGGUGAGCUCUAUGACCAUGCUUCAGUCGCAAAAGCUAUACGGCGAUGCGGGUGCCAUGACCAGCGCCGCGAUGUCCAGUAUGGGCAGCAUGGCGCCCACGUACAGCUCGAUAAAUUCGAUGGGCUGCGUGCCGAUGGGCAUGUCGAUGGGAGUCGGGGUCGGGCCCAGUUGCAGUCCCCAGAGUGCCGGUGGUUUCAACAUGAGUACCAUGAGCUCGGCAAUGGGAAUGGCGUCGAUGGGAGGCGGCGGUAUGAGCGGUUACAGCAGUGCUUCCAUGGGCGCCGGCGGUGCCUGUAUGAGUGCCGUCGGGUACGGUCCGCUGACUCCCGGCGGCGGUACCGGCGUCAGCCGGGAUCCCCUCGCUCUAACGGAACCGGACUCGCCGAAUUCAGCUCUCCAGCGUGCUCGCAGCGACAAGUCCUAUCGGCGUAGUUACACUCACGCGAAGCCGCCGUACUCCUACAUCAGCCUGAUCACUAUGGCAAUACAGAACGCGCCUCACAAGAUGUUGACCCUCUCGGAGAUCUAUCAAUUUAUCAUGGAUCUGUUCCCGUUUUACAGACAGAAUCAACAACGCUGGCAAAACUCUAUUAGGCAUUCCUUGAGUUUCAAUGAUUGCUUCGUCAAGGUGCCGCGUACGCCAGACAAGCCCGGCAAAGGAUCAUUUUGGACGCUGCACCCUGACAGCGGCAAUAUGUUUGAGAACGGUUGUUAUUUGCGACGCCAAAAGAGGUUCAAGGACGAGAAGAAAGAGAUAACCAGACAGACCAACAAGCAUCAGCAGCAUCAGCAACAUCAGACGGCGACUGCGGUGGCAGUGGCGUCUGGCGCGACCAUCGCCGGCCAGCACAGUCCACCCACUCACGACGUCGCGCCUGGCUCCAAGAAGACCGGUUCGUCCAUCCACCAUGGUGGCCCUCAGCAGCAGGACGACAAAGAUUUGCAUUCGUUGGUGUCUUCGCACCAUCAUCAUCACACGAGUCUGCACCAGCAUCACACAGCUCUGAAAAGCGACACCACAGACAUCGGCGGUCUCCUCGGGCCCGAUCUCAGCGCUGCACACGACGAGCUCACCGCAAUGGUCAGCCGCGGCAUCCAUCCGCAACUGCUGUCCGACACGAGCCUGCACCACGGCAUGACGGGCAGCCUGAAGCAGGAGCCGCUUUACGGAGCGUCCAAUCAUCCGUUUAGCAUCAACAGGUUAUUGCCGCGCGACACGGCCGGCACUUCUCCCGGCGCCCAGGACACCAAGCCACCCGAGAUGAAGAUGUACGAGCAGCUGCACCAGAGCUACGCCAACUUCGGCUCGCCGCAUCAUCCGCACGCGCACUCGGCGCCGCCCAGCCACCAUCAUCACAACGGCAUGCACGCCGGCACGAACGCCGCCGGGCCGAUGCACAUGACAAAUCAUCAUCAUCAGGAGUACUAUCAGAGCCCGCUUUAUCAUCACGCGACGAGCGUGGCCACCACGAGCGCUCCUCCGCCGCCCGCCGUCGCUACCGCGGCGCCGGGCUUGUGACAUCACGCUACCCACCCUUACGCUUUGGCCUGAGUCGCUGCUGCCGCGGCUUACGUCGCGACCGCCGCCGCACCGAUACCAACGACCCCGGUGCCGAAUCUGCCUGCGAUCGGCACGGCGUCCGUGACGAACGCGGCGCCGACGUCGCCCGCGACCUCGUCGACUUUCUCCUCACCGCCGCGAGCACAGCCACGUCGACGCGCGCGUCGUUCUAACAAUGACGACGAUGUUGUUGACGCCGUGGUCUGUUGGCCGCCCGACGACGACGACGAAUACGACGACGAGGACGAGGACGAGGAGAAUGUCGUCUACAGACGGUAAAUGUUGUCGAGAGGUAGGCUGUUCGGGAUAUUUCGUUUCAUUAUUAUACGGUUCAUCGUCGCGAGGAUCGAUUUUUUUCUCUUAUGUUACGUUAUUGCACGCGAUGCUGGGCAAACGCGAAUACUAUUUCAGAGAUUAUAUUUACUGAUUGUAAUAUAUCGCUAUUAUAUGUAAAAUAUAUGUAAUAUAUAUGUAAUAUAAUAGCGACUGUUAUUACUACUUUGACGCACAUUGUGUAAAUUAUUUGUGUCAGAAUCUUAAAAUAUUCUCUAAAUUAUUUUCUUUAUAAAGAAUUUGUAUUAUAUUCAGUCUACUUUUAUAGUCUAUACUCUCUAUAUAUAUGAUCUUUCUCCUUAUAGAUAUUCUUUCAUUUAAAUCAAUCGUAUUUUCGAUGCUUCGAUCAUUGUAUAAUAGUUAAUUACAACUGGCAAAUAAAUUUCCCGUAAAUUACAGUAGCGGUAACAAAAGUUUAAGAAAUGUAAAGAAAUAGAAUAAUCAAUUAUAUGACUACUAAAAAUAGAAUUUUUUAUGUUACACAAUAACUGACGAAUAUAGAUUCUUUACAUGAAUAUGCAGUGUAUAUGCGAAUCGAAUAUAGCUUGCAUUUGUAUUUUAUAUCAGUUUAUAUUUUUAUACAUUUAUAUUGUCAUUGACUAAAGUUAUGUAUAACAUAAAAUUUAUUAUACUCUUAAGUUUAUCCUUUGUUGCAUUUUUUGCAAAGCAUUUUUUAUUUCUAGAAUAUUAAUAAUAAAUGAGAAUAUGAUGCUUAAAUAAAUAUUUGUGAAUAUUUACAUACUUAAAUGCGCCCGAAACUAAGGAGGUCACAUAUACAGCAGACAGGGAAAUAAUAUUUACAUGCGUACGAUCUAUUUACUAUUACUACUUGCUUAAACUUAUGUCCGUUACUGUAUGUUGUCACUUAAACUGACAAUGACUUCGUAAGCAUCGUUUCAAGUACAAUUGCAAACAACAGUCGUGAUAGAGGAGAUUAAAACCCACUUUAGACGACAUCUUUAAUUCGUAAGAGUUCUAUUUAUAUAUUUUUUUGACGUAAAAUACGUAUAACGCGAGAGAAGUCGUAAAUAAACUACGUAUAUAAUACGUUUAAGUGAUCAUCAAAAUAUACGGCAUUCAUAAAAUUGCAUUCAUAAAAUUUGAUCCCAUUCGCAGGAGCAUUUUGCAGCUAUUACGAAAGUGUCUCGGGAAAGCGUAACGCGACUCGAAUUCUUUUCUUCUAUUUCUGAAUGCCUCGCUGUAACUUUUUUCCGGGGUUAUCUUUGUUUCAUCAUAACCCACUCAUUGAAUUUUAUCUGUUCUGCAUCGGGGUGCUCGGGAGAAGUUUUUGAAUAACCGAGGGCACUGAAUCAUCCUGCAUUCUCGCGUUUAUCAAAGCUGAACAGUUCGAUAUCAUCAUACCGUUCGCUAUAUCGCACGAGAGUUUUUCACGAUAUACGCUCGAGUGACAUCGACAUACUCUUAUAGGCGAUUAGACGCAAUGCAUCUCGUCGAUAUGCUCUAUUUCUUGCACAUCAUCACACCGAAAGAUAACGCAAUAACUCAGCACACACACACGCACAUACACACACGAGUAUUUACGGACGAUUAUCUUCGAAUCGAAUUCGCGAUGGUCUCGUUUCAACAAAAUUAAUAAAAACAAAACUGGAGAGAAACACACCAAAAGAAGAUAAAAAAU